AUGGCACGUUUCUUUUUGCUGAUCGUUUUGCUCGUCGCCGCCGCCCUGGCCAACGAACCUGCAAACCAGAUCAUUCAAAACAGAUUACCAGAGCACUGCAACCUCGCUCGUUCGUCAAAGUCAAAUUUGACCACUCUGUCGAACGGCAAGAGGUACAGUUUUUACCCAACAGAGAAAAACUGGACUUCUGCAAAUGAGACUUGCGCCAAAAUGGGCCUCCAUUUGGCAACAAUCAGAGAUCUAAAUGAGGCACAGAUUGUCGCUGCAGAGGGAAACAGAAUAAAAAAAGAUGAUGCUUGGUGGGUUUCGGCGAAAAACCAAGGAAGUGGAAGUGAAAAGGAGUUUCAUUGGAGCGACGGAACCAAGUUGGAGUUGGACAGUCCGUUGUGGAUGGACAAUGCGUACAAGAAGAAGGACUGUGUCCUCAUCUAUCAUGGGUGGAACAAGGGAAAAUUGACAAGCAACAUAUGCAACUAUGGCACGCCUUUCAUUUGCGAACUGCCAAGAGAAUGUUACUGA